AUGUCCAUGAGAGGUGCUUGUCUAGCAGCAACUUCCAUGAUUCUCAGUUUAGCUGCCCCAAAAUUUGGGUUCAUCAUAUUGCUCUACCAACUACAACAAGGGACCCCAUUUUGUUGGUUCAUGGAUCGUCAUUGGAUAAAUAUACCAAAUAAACUUUCAGCAGAAUAUGCUGCUGGAAUGAAUGAAUUCAUUAGUGUUGCAAGACACUCCAUGGACUCCAAUGGGAUGGUUCUAUGCCCUUGUUGUCGAUGCGUGAAUAAGAAAUCACAAUACAUGCAUGUGAUAAAGUUGCACCUGAUCACUCAUGGAUUUCUUAGUACUUACACAAGGUGGUAUCACCAUGGUAAGCAAGUAGAGGAAGUAGAAGAUGAUGGGUUAUUUGAUACCGAGGAUAAUGUCGAAGAUUCGGAUCAGAGUGAUGAUUUGGCGGCAGGUCUUCAUGAUGCUAUUGGUAGUAAGUAUUUUGACAUUGGUCCAACUAGUGACUUCAAUGAUGAAUCUCCACUUAAUGUGGAUGACAAGUAUGAUGCAUUGUUUGAGUCACUUCAUAAGCCUUUGUACAAUAAUUGUAAAGGUUUCUCUGUCUUAAGCGCGACGGUGAAGUUGAUGAAUCUCAAAGUGCUUAACAAAUGGACAGAUAAAUCAUUCGACCGUCUUUUGGAGUGUUUGAGAGAGAUAUUGCCCGAGGGUAAUCAGUGCCCAGGGAAUUAUUACCAGACGAGGAAGCUUCUUUGUGAGGUGGGCUUAGGCUAUGAGCAAAUUGAUGUUUGUUUGUCAUGUCCUGUAUGCAAGUCUAGUCGUUAUGUACGAAAUCAAAUCCCACAUAAACGACUUAGAUGGUUCCCAAUCAAGGCACGACUUAAGAGAAUGUUUAGUUCGAAGCACACUUCUAAAGAUAUGCGAUGGCAUAAAGAGGUACGAAAAAAUGAAGCUGGGAUUUUACGUCAUCCUGUUGAUGGGGAUGCUUGGAAGCAUUUCGACAAUGUGUAUCCUGACUUUGCAGCUGAUUCUAGGAGUGUACGAAUGGGGUUGGCGUCAGAUGGGUUUAACCCUUUCUCUAAUAUGACAUCAACCUAUAGUUUGUUGCCAGUGAUAUUGAUUCCGUACAAUAUGCCACCUUGGGCUUCUCCUAAUGGAACAAACUAUCUCAUGUCUUUGUUAAUUCCAGGCCCUAAAUCUCCUGGAAAAGAUUAUGAUGUGUUCUUGAUGUCAUUAAUUGAAGAGCUUAAAGAGUUAUGGGAUGGAGUCAAUGCAUAUGAUUUGUAUGGUCAAUGCAUGUUUAAACUUCGAGCUGCAGUCUUGUGGACAAUUAGUGAUUUUCCUGCUUAUGCAUACUUGUCUAGGUGGAGCACUGCUGGUAAAUUAGCAUGUCCUGUUUGUCUUGAAGAUACAAGAUCUCGAAGAAUAACUGACAAACAAUGUUUCAUGGGACAUCGAUGUUAUUUGAAAAGAAACCAUUCUUGGAGAAAAAGUAAAGAAUAUGAUGGAUCUACUGAAUUACGUGGCCCUCCUAGAACUUUUACUGGUGAUGACAUUUUAAAGCAAUUGGAUGAAAUUCCUAUUCAUACCCCUGGUAAAGCACCAAGUAAUUCUUCUAGAAAACGUAAGCGUGGAGAGAAAGAGCUGAAUUGGUGUAAAAGAAGUGUUUUGUUUGAAUUGCCAUACUGGUCAAAGCUCUUGCUGCGUCACAAUCUUGAUGUGAUGCAUAUAGAGAAAAAUGUAUGUGAUAACAUUAUUGGAACACUUUUAGACAUUGAAGGUAAAUCGAAAGACACUUUAAAAGCUCGUAAGGAUUUACAAAAUCUUAAUAUUCGUGAAGACCUUUGGCUGAAGAAGGACCCAUCUAAUAACAAAUUACCGGAUGGAUAUGCUUCGAAUAUUAGUCGAUGUGUAACAGAUAAUGACAAACUAGGAGGAAUGAAAACUCAUGAUUGUCAUGUUUUACUUCAUAAGAUAUUACCAGCUGCAUUACUUCCUUUUCUGACAGACAACAUUCGUGGUACUUUGAUUGAACUCUGCCAAUUCUUUCAAAAAAUUUGUGCAAAACCAUUACAAAUUUAUGACAUAGAAGAAUUGAGAGAUGGAAUUGUAAUAAUUUUGUGCAAGUUGGAAAAGAUAUUUCCCCCAUCAUUUUUUACCAUAAUGGUUCAUCUUUGUGUUCACCUACCCGAUCAAGUGUUAUUAGGUGGUCCAGUUGCUUCGAGAUGGAUGUUUGGGACAGAACGCCAUAUGGGUUUGUACAAGAAAUAUGUGAGAAACAUGUCUCGGCCUGAUGGUUCAAUAGCAGAAGCUUUUGUUGUAGAUGAAGCUGUAACUUUCUUGUCAAGAUAUGUUUCUAACAUAGAGACAGGAUUCACAAGACCCGAGUGUAAUUGGGAUAUACCUUCUCCAAAUCAUACGUUAGAUGUUUUCAACUCCAAUGUUCGUCCAUUAGGGGCAUCUACUAUCAAAUUGCUUCAAAAUUGGAGACAAGUCGUUCAAUGGUAUAUAUUGAACAAUUCUGUAGAUGAUAUCCAACAUUUUAUCGAAAAAGGUCUUUCAGAUUCAGAAGUUGCCUUAGAGCACAAAGAACAAUUUCCUUCUUGGUUUAAGAAUAAAGUGUCUCAAAUGCGAGUUCAAAAAUCACCUCUUGCCAAUGAUGAUUUGUACUCUUUAUCUCAAGGUCCACUUGAACGGUACAACACCUACCAAAGUUGUAUUGUAAAUGGUGUUCGAUUUCGAUGUAAAGAGCGUGACAAUACUCUUAAGACACAAUGUUCUGGAAUUUGCACUGAAGGUGAUCAUGACAAUAUUAAUAUCCUAUACUAUGGUGUCUUGAUUGAGAUUUUGCAGUUGUCAUUCGUUUUAGAUCGGAAGGUGUUCUUAUUUCGUUGCAAGUGGUAUAACUCUAAUCCAAAAGGUAGAUCAAUUGUUGUGGAUCAUAAUUUGACUUCCAUCAAUACAUCUACUGAUUGGUAUUCUAAUGAACCAUUUAUCUUGGCAACUCAAGCACAACAAGUUUUCUAUUUGCUUGAUAUGAAGCGUGGUUCAAAUUGGCGGAUUGUUCAAAAAGUAAAUCAUCGAUCUAUUUAUGACAUUCCUGAAAUUAUGGAAGAGACAGUAAAUAAUGAUGUGUUUCAAGAAGAAGAAUCAUUUCAAUUGCCACAUUUUCAACCAACUGAGGAUUUCAUUGAAAGAUAG